AUGGACUCUGUGUCUGUUCCCUUCUUGGAGCAGUACGUCUUGGCCGUCUCCAGCCAGGACCGCCUUGCGGCCAUUGCCGCCCAUUGGCCCGACCAUACCCCAAACCAUGCUCUCUUGACCGCCCUCCACCAUCUCAGAGAGGCCAUCGUCGCCUACGAGUCCCAAAGGCGCCCGGGUGACAAUGUCGUCGACCCUUCCAGCGAGUUUCAUCACCAACUUGCGCUCGCAACCGAAGCCAUCGGGCGCCUCAAGCAGCUUGACUCUGGCACAGGCCAGUCCUCGAAAAUCGAAGCUCUGCGCAACCAACUCAUUGCCGCCCAGCUUGUCGCCGGCAAGCCAGAGAUCCCCGAGUCACUCGUCGCGGACUGUAAGCAGUUCUUUGGUCUCGUUCUUGACCACCCACAUCCGGGCACCGGCACCGUCGCCGAUCAGGUCGGCGACACCACGGCCGCGACCAUCCCCUCUGUCCUUGAUCCAUCGCUCGUCUCUGUCGAGACUAUUAUUGAUAAGAUCGUCGAGGAGUCUAUUGAGCGCCCCGAAGCGCGGUCUUUGCAGCCCGAGACGAUCUUUAAGCUCUACAUCCGAGAUCCGGAGCAGUUUCCCCAGCUCCUCUCCAGCUUGCGCCCAGCGUUCGAUCUGCACUCCAGGAGCUUUUACGAUGGGAAGCACGAUCACGCCCCCAAGCUCCUAGCCAAUGUCAUUCGUCUCGUCGAGCAGGAGCCUGAGCAGGAUGGGAGGGCAUACUACAUCUCCUUUUUCAAGAACCUUCUGGGAAGUUUCACCAAAGAUCAACUCGCUGAGCUCAAGCAGGAGUACCCAGACAUCUUGGCCACCGAAAGCGACUUCAAGUACGAGUACGCCGCUGCAUACAUCCAGCAGCUCCUGCCCAAGAAAGUCGCGACGGCCCUGCCGCUCAAGCAUGUCGAUCCGAUUCUUCUCCGCCGCAAGCCGCUUGGCCAAAGCCAUUUUGACAAGAUCCAGGAGUGGCUCAGCACUCUGCCCAAGAACUUUGAUUCCUUCAAAAUUCGAGUCGCCUUUGCUCACCUCAAUGCCUCACUGCUUGAGGGGCAUUAUAACAAGGAGAUUCUUCUCAAGUAUUUGGACUUGGUCGGCAAGUACAAUCAGUUGAGCCACCAGUCCGCUCAGAAUUUUCUGGACUCGGGCUACUUCCCCGUGGUCGCCCCGCAGGAGGAGGCCUUUGUCGUCCCCGCGUAUCUCCGCAAGCUCUUCUUGGACCCAAAGGCUUCGCUCAGCGACUUUGAAGCCUACUUUGACAAGGAGUUCCUCACCGAUCUUCUCGUCGAAACCAAGCUUCUCUACACCGACGAAACCAAAAAAUGGUCGGCAAUGCUCCCCGCCAACAAGCUGAAUGCCCUAAUUGAACGCGCUCAGCUCGAGUUUACCCAUAACGCCAAUCCCCGCGUCCUCCAGAGUCACGAAAGCACUGCCCACUUGAGCUUGACCGUGAAGAAUAUCCCAAGUAUCCAUGUCAACGUUUACUCAAUCAGCACCUUUGACUAUUUUGUUGCCAACCAAAACGAAGACGAAAGCAAUCUCUUGAACAGAGACCUAUCGGUCAUCGUGCCGACCCAGUCCUUGACUUUCGAAUACUCGAUUCAGAAUCCCCUCAGAGCCGAGGCGCGCCAGAUCGAGCUUAAGGGCUCGACGGCAACGGCACAGCACACCCUCGGCGACCUCAACAUCAAGGCUACCGUCGGUGUGGCUGGCCAGCAGAUUCUCGUGGUUGAUCACGAUGGCAACGAUGUUACGAGCGAGUCGACUCUAUGGAUAUCAGGACGAAGUUUUGCUCCCGAAGCCAACGGCGAGAUUGUGGUUCCGUUCGCGGCAUCCGCCGAGACCGUCAGUGCACUCGUAACCCACAAAGGUCUUACCAGGAAGUGUACUCUCAGUCGCGUCACUGAGACAUACGAUGUGAAUGUCACCUAUAUCCUCAACAAGGAGUCUUUUGUGCGCGGGGCCACAGCCAAGGUUGCGCUCAACAUCACCAACCUGCUCCACAAUGAGCCUGCUAGUUUGGAGCUUAUCAGCGAUGCCAAAGUCGAGGUCACUCUUCUCGAUCUUCUGGGUGUCAAGCGGACCAAGAGCUUCGACCUGCAGCUCUCCGAAGGAAGCGAUCCCGUCAUCGAAUUUGUCGUGCCCGAAGAUUUGAUCAAUGUCGAGUUUCGAUUCAGCGGCAAGAUCACGAAAAUCGAUCCGUCUCAGUCGGCCCAGAAGAUCGAGUUGACUCAUAGCGAGGACUUUGCUGGAGUCAUGUCACAGAAUCUGGCGUGCGCGUUCCUGCGCCGCGAAGAAAACAAGCUUGUCGUCUACGUUCUGGGGAUCGCGGGCGAGCCCGUCCCCAAUCGUGCGCUGGAGGUCGCCAUCCAAUCGAUUUACGAUAGCGAGCCCAUAGAGACUCAUCUAAAGACCGACAGUGAAGGAAAAGUUGUUCUUGGAGAGAUUCAGGGUGUGCGCCUGGUCUCUGUAGUUGAGGUUGAAAGCAACAAUCUGCUCGGCAGCUGGUCGUUCGACGCCGCCAAUGUGUUCAUUCCCGACAUCAUCGCUAAAGAAAUGGAGAUAACUGAUCUGCCGAUCCCCAAGAAUGUCACGGACGUUCCCUACCAUUGGUCUUUGAUGGAACUCGGGGCAAGCGACGUCUCCUCAUGGAACACUCGCGAUUUGUCUGACAAGGUCCAUAUUGUCACCUCCGAAACUGGAACCAACUUUGCCCGCAUCCAAGGCCUGCCCAAGGGUGAAUAUUCCCUGUCCUUGGUUGCCUCGGGAAACGUGCUCCGUGCUCGAAUCUCGGUCCUCGGGGCCUCCAGCAACAGUGCAGCCGCCGAGCACUGGGACAAAAAUGGGGCCGUGCUUCUGGAUCACUCCAUUUGCGAGCUCCCAAAGAAGGCUGCCCUCCGCUUCUCGGAUGUUGAUGUCCAGAAUGGCACGCUUGUUGGGAAAGUGUCCAAUCACAGCCCUACGACCCGGAUUCAUGUGUUGCUGCAGUACUUCAGUCCCACCUCACAGACUGAGUCUGUCUUACCGGGUUCUCCAUCGGCCUUCCUUACCUGGACCGAUAAGGCAAAUUCGUACGGCUCGCCUCACAAUCUUCCCACCGAGCUCGGGUACAUUCUGGCGCGACAGGCUGCCCCUCGUGGGAUCGGAUCGCUCUUCCGCAAGCCCGGAGUCCUGCUCAAUCCUCGCGCUGCCAAAACUGCGGAUGAACUACAGUCGCAUGACUUUGGCCUAGAAUCUGUGAUGGCAGGAUGUCCAGCACCGAUGAGUUCACACUGCUUUGCCCGAUGUGCAAAAAUUGGAAGCGGUUAUACCUACGGCUCCGCUCCCGGCUUUGCUGGUGGCGUCGCCGACAGAUGCCUGGACUUUCUCGACCUUCCUGGACAGGUGUCCUUCAACAACCCCGUUGGCGUCGAUGGCUCGUUCCAGGUAUCCUUCCCGGUCGAUCUUGAGGGAUACGAAAUCACCAUCAUUGCGCAGGACACGACCCUGUCGUCAGUCAGCCGAAGAUCGCCAUCCUGGCCUCUGUCCCGAGCCCUCAAAGUCGCCGAUGUCCGACACCAGCCCAAACACAAUGUCCUCGAUCACCUUAUCGAGCACAAGACCGCCACCAACCUGGGCAAGGAUCAAGACAUUGCGAUCAGCGUGUCGUCGUCGUUUGCGCUCGUUGACAGCUGGGCCGAUUUGUACCGCUUGGCAGAGUCCCUUGGUCGCCGACACACCAAGCUGUUCAGCCAGUUUUCGUUCCUGAAGACAUGGCAUCGACUUUCGCAAGGCGACAAGAUCGGCAAAUACACCGAGUUUGCUUGCCACGAGCUCAACGUCUUCAUCAAGUUGAAGGAUCCCGCAUUCUUUGAAGCUGUCGUUCGCCCGUUUGUCCGCAAUAAGGCUGUCAAAACAUUCAUAGACUAUUGGGUCCUUGAUGAUUGCGAGGGAUGUGCUUUGCUUGGACAGAGCUGGCUGAUAGGCGCUCCCGCCAGCGUUGCCGAGAGGGUGCUCUUCUCCAAGCUCGCCAACGAUCCUCGCUCCAGAGCUCGACUUGAGUCCGAGUACUACAAGCUGACGAUGCAGAAAGGCAGCGGUGCAAGCCGUGCUCGACAACGAGACGAGCUCUUCGACAUGAUAUUGGGCAUCGGUGAAUCUCCCGUGGAUGAAUCUGUUCUGCCACCACCGCCGCCGCCCACUGGUCAGCACUCGCACUCGCCCACAUCGCCGUCGUAUUCGCCCACAUCGCCAUCGUAUUCACCUACGUCGCCGUCGUAUUCGCCCACAUCGCCAUCGUAUUCACCUACGUCGCCGUCGUAUUCUCCCACAUCGUCCAACUCCCUGUCCGACUCCCCAGGAUAUAGCGCCGAGUCCGAUGCGAUCAGCUUCGGCCAGCCUGUCGCCCAGAGCAUGGGAUUCUCAGCCUUCCGCUCUGCUCCUGAAAUGUCCCAGCCUGAUACGAGACUCAACGAAAAUAAAAAGAAGCUCAAAGCCACACGUCAACUAGCGAUCCUCAAGAGCAAAAUGAUGCACGAGCCCACACCCAAGACGCAGCAGUUUGUCGAGCAGAACUACUGGAAUGUCGAGCCGCAGAACAGCCACGAAACGGUCCAAGACAUGUCCGAAUUCUGGAAGGAUGUUCUGGAUUGGACCGGCAGCGGCUUUGCCGAUUUCACAAGCGCGAACUUUGACACUGCCCUGAGAGGCUCCUUCACAGAGGCAAUCCUGGCACUGUCUUUGAUUGGCAUUCCAUUUGAAUCGACCUCGUCCGUAGCUCGUGUGGAGAACAAUCUAAAGAUCCGAACCUCCCAGCCGGCAUUGGUCUUCCACAAAGAACUAAAGAGCGGCGUUGUGCACAUCAACCCAUCGGUUCUCGUCUCCCAGAACUAUGUCGAUCCCAAUGACACCCAGGUCCUGAACGAAGAGACAGGCGAACUGAUGGACAAAUUUGUUGAUGCCAGCGCUUUUGUGACACGCCGCAUCUAUACUCUCCAGGCCACCAUCACAAACACAUCCUCCACCUCACUCUUGCUGUCGGUUCUCGUCCAGAUUCCCAACGGCGCCUUGGCUGUUGGAGGGUCGAGCCGCUCAAAGACCCACCAGAUCUCCAUCCAGCCGUACAAGACCGAGAUCAUCCAAACUCAAUUUUACUUCCCACGACCCGGCCAGUUCACACAGUUCCCGAUCGAGGCCGCCAACCAGCGCAACCAGAUCAUCGCUCACGGGGCUCCGGUCUCUGUUUCUGUGAUUGAGUCGGUUGAGUCCCAGUCGGCCGCAGGCAAGCCGUGGAAAUGGAUCGCCACCGAGGGCACUCUCAAGCAGGCAAUCGACUACUUGGCCAACACACGCAAUGCGAUCGAAGAAUCCGAUCUCGACUGGAUCUUGUGGCGACUGCGACGCAAGGACGAGUACACGGCGAUCGUCGAUACGCUUCGAUCGCGAGGCGAGUUCCAUCUCCCGGUCUGGGGCUACGGCAUCAAGCAUGGCGUUUGGCAAGAUGCGGCCGAGUAUCUCGAGGCCACCAUAUCCCAGGCCAGCCCCGAUCAGUGGAUUUGGUACGGCAAGGAGAGCGAUCGGCUGCGCUCUACGCUCCCUGUGGUCGAGUACUGGCCUUUGAUCAACGCUCGCGUCCAGGCCCUUGGGAAGGGGCCACGAGUCGACAACGUCGAUUUCACCAAGACGUACCACCAGUUUUUGCUCUACCUUGCCCGGAAGCCCGUGGAGAUUUGCUCGGCCACCGACCAUCUCAAUCUGCUGAGCAUGCUUGCUGCCCAGGACCGUGUUUCUGAGUUUGCUCAGAGACUUGCGUAUCUGGAAAGUGGCAUCCAGCUCGGCAAGAUCAAGCUCGAGUCGCAGAUUCAGUUUGACUACUGCAAGGCAUGGCUGGACUGCUCGACCUCGUCCAGCAACUUUGCCCAAGCAAGAGUCCUUGCCAAAAAGUACACAAACUACGCGAUCAAGUUCUGGCGCGACCUGUUCACGGCCGUCGACCAAACCAUCAGCGAGUACGACGAGAUUCAAUCACACGGCUUUAUGAAGCGCCCCAUCGACAACGAUCCAGAAGGCACCGACGCCGACGGACGCGAAGUGCGCAUUCUCAAGAAGGCCCGCGGCCAGGUGCAGCUUGAGUUCAAGGCUCGACGCGGGGCAGUCGCCAUACAGUACUCGGGUGUCUCGAGCUGCACCAUAACGGUGCGGCCCAUCAACUCGGAGGUUGCCUUUUCGUUCGCCCCCUUCGAAAACGAUGCCAGGGCGACGGCCAGCUAUGGCGGUCAAAGGAACAGCGUAGGCACUGUGGUGAGCCCCAAGAUCUCCAAGACGGUGCAGCUGCCGGGAAACAAGGGCGACAUUCUUGUUCCCGUGCCCGAGAUCAGCGGCAAUGUCUAUGUGGUCGUUAUCGCCAACGGAGGCGAGAUCCUGAGACAAAGCACUGUCCGCGACGACCGGAUGACGAUCAACCUUAUGGAGAACGUUGGCAUUCUGCAAGCACUGAUGCCGAGAAACCCUGUGUCUGAGAGCAGCAACAAGUCCUGGGGGCUGGUUGAUGCACAGAACGACGAUUCGGCCGAGGUCGAGGUCAACGAGUAUGUGCCCAUUCCCUCGGCCUAUGUCAAGGUCUAUGUGCAGACCACCGAUGGCACUGAAAAAUACUACAAGGACGGAUACACCGACAUUCUCGGCCGCUUCGACUACACGAGCCUGAGCGACACAGAACUGACCAAGAGCGCCAGCCAGUUUGCCAUCUUGGUCGAUGGCGGCGAGUUUGGUGCUGUUGUCCGCUACGCACGUCCUCCCAAGCUCUGA